AUGGAUAUACAAGAAGAGAGUAAAUCUAAAAAGCGCCCACCAUUAGCCAAAUUAGAUACCCUGGUACGCCAGGCAUCACAAGAAAGAAUUAAAAAUGAAGGACUUCAAAGAAAUAAUACUAUUAAAAGUAGAAAAUUUUUUGAAAAAACUCAAAAUAAAAAUUUUUAUGAAAAACUUACAGAUGAUAGUGUAUUAUGUAUUAAUGCCUCACCUUCAUCAGGUGAAUUUAAUUUAGCUGUCAUUUUUUCACCUUCCAUUAUAUCUACAACAUUCCUUACAACCAUUGUUAGUCAAUUUUCAUCUCAUGGAAUCAAUAUAACACAUCUAGAGACAAGACCUAUAUUUAAGAUUUCUGAUUCCACAAAUGGUAAAAAUAUUAUUGAAAUAUUAAUUGAGUGUUCUGUAACAAAAGCAAAAUUAUUACUUGCUGUUAGUGCUAUUCUUGAAAAUGAAGAAAUAGAUAAAAUUCAACUAAAACGCCUAACAGAUAAUCCAUUAAUUAGUGUUCCAUGGUUCCCAAAGCAUGUUAGUGAAUUGGAUAAAUGUAUGCACGUUAUAACAAAAUAUGAACCAACCGAAGAUCCCCGACAUCCAGGUUUUGGUGAUAAAAAUUAUAUAAAAAGGCGUGAAGAAUUAAAUAAUAUAGCUAAUAAUUAUAGAUGGGGUGAUAAACUUCCUUAUAUUGAAUAUACUGAGGAAGAAAAUAAUACAUGGAGAUUAUGUUAUAUGCAUCUUAAAAAUUUUAGACAAUCACAUACAUGCAAAGAAUAUAGAGAAAAUAUUAAAGCUAUGGAAGAUGCCGGAGUUAUUAAUGAAAAUGUUAUACCUCAACUAUAUGAUUUGAAUAAUUUUUUAUUUAAAAAGACAGGCUUUCAACUUAGACCAUGUGGAGGUUUGUUAUCUGCACGUGACUUUCUUGCUUCUUUGGCAUUUAGAGUAUUUCAAACAACACAAUAUAUUAGGCAUUCUAGUUCUGUUCAUCAUAGUCCUGAACCAGAUGCCAUUCAUGAAUAUCUUGGGCAUGUACCUAUGUUUAGUGAUCCAUGGAUAGCUAAAAUGUCACAAGAAAUUGGUCUCCUCUCACUUGGGGCAUCUGAUGAAGAAAUAGAAAAAUUAGCAACCAUAUAUUGGUUUAUUAUUGAAUUUGGUUUAUGUUAUGAAGAUGGUAAAUAUAAAGCAAUAGGAGCUGGGUUAAUAUCAGCUUUUGGUGAAUUACAACAUGCAUGUUCUGAUACUCCAAGACAUGAAGAAUUUAAUCCUGAUGUUGUUGGAAAAACAUCAUAUGAUGAUUCUGAUUAUCAAGUAGUAUAUUUCGUAGCAAAUAAUCUAAAGGUAGCUUUUCAAAAGAUAAAAGAAUAUGCUAAAGCAUUUAAAAAGCCAUUCACAUUGACAUAUAAUCCAUAUACUCAAUCAAUUGAUGUUAUGUCAGAAAGGCAAAAUAUUGAAAAUAAAAUAACAGAACUAAAAAAUUAUUUGAAUGAAUUAAGUUUUUACUUGGAUAGUCAAGAGUAUUCUUAA